AUGCCUCAGUACAACGUCACCCUCAACAAGGACGCCUCCAAGGACGACCUCGAGAAGGCGAAGCAGCACGUCAAGGACCAGGGCGGCGAGAUUGUCAGUGAAUUCAGCUUGAUCAAGGGCUUCACGGCCAAGAUCCCCGACGAUGCCGUCUCGACGCUCCAGAGCAACGAUAAGAUCACUGUCGAGGCCGACGGAGAGGUCAGGACCCAAUAG